AUUGACAUGCCUUUGAAACAGGCAGACUGAUAUUCCUCCAAGGACUCAACUGCCAUGAUGUUAAUAGUUUGCUAAUGGGAAAAGACAAUCCUGACCUGAACUCCCUAACCUCCAGCAGGAUCCUGGACUGCUGACCCUCAGGGAUGUGCAAUAGAAUUCUCCGAGGAGCAAUGGGGAUGCCUGACCCAUACUCAGCGGCAACUGUACAAGCAUGUGAUGUUAGAGAACUAUGGACAUCUCCAUUUCUUGGGUCUCAAUGUGUCAAAGCCAAACCUGAUCAUGUUUUUGGAGCAAGAGAAGGAGCUCUGGGAUGUGAAGAGAAAGGAGACUGUAGCUCUCCAUGCAGCUGUAUCUUCACAUGACAUCCAGAGUUUCCUGCUACAGCAGAGCAUAGAAGGUUCUUUCCAGAACGGAUCAAUUCCCACAUACAAACAUAGUGCUGUUGAGAUUUUACACUUACACACAGACUGGGACAAUGAUGGGGAGAGAGAAGGGCAUCAAAGAAAUUCUGGGCGAUAUCCCCAAACCAAGGCAAUUGCCCUUAAUGAGAAUGUCAUUGCCCCAGAUGGUGAAGGAUAUAAACCACUGCGGAAAACCUUCCUUUUUAAGUCAACUGUUUCUGCAGAGCAGUGUGUUUCUGUCAGCACAAGCUCCAAUCAGAUAUUCAAACAUAGCUAUUUGUGGACAGACCAUUUGGAACAUCUGAAGAGUAACCUAGUCCAUGCUGAGAAUAAUUAUUUGAGCCAUUUGGAAGAUAGGACUGGCCUGACCUUAAAUCAGAGAUUGAGAAAUGAAGAACAAAGUAUUCAGUGGGAUCCAUUUGAGAGGGGCUUCACUGAGGAGUCGACCCUCCAGAAUGACCAGAGGCUUUUCACUGGAGACAGAUUUGCUCAAUGCACUGUAUCUCAGAAAACAUUGAACCAGGGCUCCAGUGUUCACCGAUGUGUCAGGGCUAGAUUUGCAGAGAAUGAAUGUGAUAAUUGUGGGGAAGGCUUUCAUCCAAACUCUAACCUCAGUAUACUCCCUUCAGGAGACUGUCUUCAUAAAGAUAAUGAAUGUGGGAAAGCUUGUAACCAGUCCUCCAGUGUUGGUGAUCAUCAGAGAAUUCAUGAGGGAAAAAGCCCAUUCACAUCUAGUAAACCAGGGACCAUGUUUACUCAGUCACCAAGCCUAAACAUCAAUGAGAUAAUCUCUCAGGGAGAGGAAACUUACAUCUUUAAGGAAUGUGGUAAAUCCUUUGACUGUCACUCAACACUAUCUCAACAUCAGCGAAUGUAUACUGGAGAAAAAGUAUACAAAUGUGAAGAAGGUGGUCAAACCUUUAAGGACUGUUCAUCACUAAAUGGUCAUUUGCAGUUUUAUUCUGGAGAGAAACCUUACAAAUGUCAAGAAUGUGGCAAAGCUUUUAAUGGUCACUCAAGUCUUAAUAGAGAUAAAUGAAUUCAUAUUGCAGGGAAAAAUUACAACGGUAAUGAAUGUGCCAAAACCUUUAAAUCAUUCUCAGAACUUACUCAACAUCACAAAAUUCAUUGUGGAAAAAAACCUUACCAGUGUCAAGAAUGUGGCAAGGCCUUUAAACACCCUUCACACCUUACUCAGCAUCACAGAAUUCAUACUCGAGAGAAACCUUACCAAUGUCAAGAAUGUGGGAAGACCUUUAAUAUGCACUCUCAUCUCACUCGACAUUGCAUAAUUCAUAGCAUAGAGAAACCCUAUAGAUACCAAGAAUGUGGCAAGUCCUUUAAUUUGAGCUCAGGGCUUACUGAACAUCAGGGAAUUCAUAAUGCCAAAAAAACUUAUGAAAGUCAAUAAUGUGGCAAGGCCUUUUAUGACAGGUCAAUCCUUACUCAACAUCACAGAAUUCACACUGGAGAGAAAUCUUACCAAUGUCAAGAAUGUGGCAAGGCCUUUAUUUGGAGGUCAAGUCUUACUGAACAUUAUAGAAUUCAUACUAAAGAGAAACCUUACCAAUGUCAGGAAUGUGGCAAGUCCUUUUAUGACAGGUCAACCCUUACUCAACAUCACAGAAUUCAUACUGGAGAUAAACCAUACCAAUGUCACGAAUGUGGCAAGAGCUUAACCGGAGCUCAGCCCUUAUUCAACAUCACAGAACUCAUACAGGAGAGAAACCUUACCAAUGUCACAAAUGUGGCAAGAGCUUUAACCGGAACUCAGACCUUAUUCAACAUCACAGAAUUCGUAGUGGAGAGAAACCUUACAGAUGUCAUGAAUGUGGCAAGGCCUUUAUCUGGAGGUCAAGUCUUACUGAACAUUACAGAAUUCAUAGUGGAGAAAAACCGUACAAAUGUCAAGAAUGUGGCAAGACCUUAAAGGACAAUUCAACUCUUAUUGAACAUUACAGUAUUCAUACUGGAGAGAAACGUUACCAAUGUCAGAAAUGUGGCAGGAGCUUUAACCAGAGCUCAAGACUUAUUCAACAUCACAGAAUUCAUUCUGGAGAGAAACCUUACCAAUGUCAAGAAUGCGGCAAGGCCUUUAACUGUCUUUCACACCUUACUCGACAUCAUAGAAUUCAUACUGGAGAGAAACCUUACCAAUGUCAGGAAUGUGGCAAAGCCUUUAAUGUGCACUCACACCUCAGUCAGCAUAGCAGAACCCAUACCAGAAUGAAACACUACAAAUACCAAGAAUGUGGCAAGGCCGUUAACUGGUGCUCAAGGCUUGCUCAAAAUCAGGGAAUUCCUAAUGGAAAGAAAUCUUACCAAUGUCAAGAAUGUGGCAAGACCUUUAACCACAGCUCAGACCUUACUCGACAUCACAGAAUUCAUACUCGAGAGAAACCUUACCAAUGUCAAGAAUUUGGCAAGGCCUUUAGCCACAGCUCAAGCCUUACUCAACAUUACAGAAUUCAUACUGGAGAGAAACCUUACCAAUGUCAAGAAUGUGGCAAGGCCUUUAUCCACAGCUCAACCCUUAUACAACAUCACAGAAUUCAUACUGGAGAGAAACCUUACCAAUGUCAUGAAUGUGGCAAGAGCUUUAACCAGAACUCAGGCCUUAUUCAACAUCACAGAACUCAUAGUGGAGAGAAACCUUAACAAGUCAUGAAUGUGGCAAGGCCUUUAAGGACCGCUUAGCCCUGACUCAGCAUCACAGGAUUCAUCCUGGAGAGAAAUCUUACCAACGUCAAGAAUGGUGUUAGGCCUUUGCAGGCACUCUGUCCUCGUUAAACAUCAUAAGAUAGAAAGCUUACCAGUGUACAGAAUGUAAUA